UCCAGAAGACCCGACACCAGAGGAAUGGCCAUGCACUCCAUAAAUCCAUACCCAUCCAUCCAAUGCGACCCAUAGAAACAAACUUUAGACCCCUGGGGGAAGUCAUGGUUGUGGAAGAACGAAACGGAGGUGGGUUCUUUAAAUGGUGGUUUUCCCCUUAGAAAUGGAUUCCUUGGGGGAGGAAUAGGAUUUUUCUAGUUGCUGAUAAGAGCGAAUGAAGGCGUUCUUGGGUGUUUGUCGGAAUUCUUCUCGGUCUUCUCCUUUUGGGACGAAUGGUAGCGUCCGCUUCGAUCGCUUGGUCACCAAUCCAUCUCAAUCCCCGCCUAAUCCUGUAGUUCGAGGUAAGGGUUGGUGAAGAUGGACUGAAUGCACGAAUAACUGAAUAUCUACCUCAAGGUUAGAUGGAUUGCCUUUCAGAUUCUCUGGGUUAACCAAUCCUUUCCCUCAAUGUUUUGGUGGUUGGGGCAAUACGAGCAUCAUAUAGGUUUCUAACAUUUGAGUGAUGGCAACCAAGUCUUAUAAGUACCAGGCGCAGGAACUGGUUAGAAAAUACGUGCUGGCAGAUCCAGUUGUCCCAUACACCUCUGUGCUUGGGGGCAUUUUCAUGUGCAAGAUGGCAUAUGAUCUUACUCGGUUAAUCAGUCCAUUUUACUAUAAGGGUUAUGCUUCUCUUACAAAGAUCCAACGGAUUGAGUGGAACAAUCGGGGUAUGUCUAGCACACAUGCCAUUUUUAUCACGAUAAUGUCGGUGUACUUAGUGUUCUUCUCAGAUCUAUUUUCUGAUCACCUUGAGGGCCUAGUUACAUUUCGAAGAUCAAAUCUCUCCACUGUUACAUUGGGGGUUUCUGUUGGGUAUUUCAUCACUGACCUUGCGAUGAUAUUUUGGCUAUAUCCUUCUCUUGGUGGAAAGGAAUAUGUUCUCCAUCAUUUGCUUUCUGUAAGUGCAUUAGCUUAUGCCAUGUUGUCUGGCGAAGGGCAGCUAUACACAUAUAUGGUCCUCAUCUCUGAGACAACCACUCCAGGGAUUAAUGUGCGAUGGUUUCUUGACACUGCAGGAAUGAAAAGGUCCAGUGCUUAUCUUGUUAAUGGCAUUAUGAUGUUCUUUGCAUGGUUGGUGGCAAGAAUAUGCUUGUUCAUCUACUUGUUUCACCACAUUUAUCUGCACUACGAUCAGAUCAAGCAGAUGCAUACCUUUGGUUACCUCCUGACUUUUUUGGUGCCCUCAGCACUGUUUGUCAUGAACAUGAUGUGGUUUGCAAAGAUUCUAAGAGGCCUCAGGAAAACAUUGUCCAAGCGACAGUGAAUGGUGAACUCCAAAGUUUUCUCGAGCUGCCAUCAUUAUCAUCAUCAUCGUCAUCAUCUGUAUUUUGGUGCAUCCUUUCAGCUUUCCUGUAUGAAGUCAUGGAUAAAUUAGGUGAGGGAUAAAAGAAAAGAAGCUUACCGGCGGCAGAAUUUCAGGGUUAGAGAGGGUAUAUCAUUCUCAUUUACAGUUUCAUUAUUGUAUAUGAAUAUGAUGCGUUACUUUCUAGCUACUGAUGUUCUGCUAUUUGAUAUAUCUUUUAGCCUGCAUUUCAUCUCUUUUGUGGUGCAUAUCUCUCUGCCCCUGCAUGGAGAUGAUGCCUGGGUUUUUGACCUUGGAUAUCCAAAGAUACAUGCCAUUAAAAAUCAUCCAUGAUCUUUCCUGUUGUAUUUGUUGAUAAUGAAAUGCAUUGUUGUUUUCCAUAUGAUA